AUGACCGCGGUGUUCAAGAUCGUUCCGACGACGCAGAAGUACGACUGGGGCAAGAUCGGCCUCUCAUCGAAGGUCGCCCAGUAUGCAGUCGCUGCCAAGGUUCCAGGAUUCACGCUCGACGAGGGGGGAACUGACAAAUUGCUGCUGGGUGGGCAACUACAGCUGUGGAUGGGCACACACACAAGCGGACCCUCGCGCUUGCUGGGCUCUGACGUGGCGCUCUCGGAGCAUCUCGCACUGCAUCCUGAGCUGAUUGGCGAGAAGGUCGUAGAGAAAUUCAGGGAAGCCGGCGCAGGACAGGGCAACCUGCCCUUCUUGUUCAAGGUUCUCGCGAUUGAAAAAGCGCUCAGCAUCCAGACGCAUCCAGACAAGAAGACGGCAGAGCAGUUGCACAAGGAGAGACCGGACGUGUACAAAGAUGCGAAUCAUAAGCCGGAGAUGGCGCUUGCGCUCACGCCGUUCACUGCUAUGUGCGGCUUCUUGCCGCUUUCCCAGAUUGCCAUAUUCCUCAUAACCACACCCGAGUUUGCAGCGCUCAUUCCUCCCACGAUAGCCAGCUCAUUCGUCUCUAUCUCGUCUUCUAAUAUAUCUGGUCCAGCGGAGAAGGCAGCAUUGAAAGAUCUCUUCGCGGCUGUCAUGACGGCCGAAGAGUCUGCGUUCAAGACGCAGCUCCAGAAGCUUGUGCAGCGAUACGAAGCGCGCGAAGUGCAAAAUGCGGAAGAUGGCGUGCGCGACCUCGUUUUGCGCUUGCACAGCCAGUUCCCGGGGGAUAUUGGGGUGUUCUGCGCGUUCAUGCUCAACUAUGUACAGAUGGGCCCGGGAGAUGCCAUUUUCCUCGCAGCGGGCGAGCCGCAUGCGUAUGUCACUGGAGAUAUUAUCGAGUGCAUGGCAACAUCAGACAAUGUCAUCCGCGCGGGUUUGACGCCUAAGCUGCGCGAUAUCCCAAAUCUCGUCUCUGGAUUGACAUAUGGCGCGGGUGAUGCGAGACGCCACAUGGUGCAGCCAGUGGGUUGGGCCUCUACUGCGUAUACGAAGCUGUACGACCCGCCGAUUCCUGAGUUCUCGGUAUUGCAAGUGCUAGUGCCUCCUGCCGAGAGCGAGGCACAUCCAGCUGUUGAUGGCCCGAGCAUUGCGAUUGUGACAGGGGGGACGGGCGCGCUAGAAUGGGAGGCUGGUGGGAGAUUGAACGUCGCGAAGGGUGAUGUGGUAUUCGUGGGCGCCGGGACCGCGCUGAAAGUUGUAAACUCGGGUGACGCAGAGUUGGCGAUGUAUCGUGCGUUUGUGGAGGCACAGAAUCGUGAUCUAUGCACAGAAGUGGGCAUUACCGUCAGCUAUUGGCCGGGGCUGAGAUGCGCCGUCGCGCCGUUCUCACUUCUCGGAGUGCUCAAUCCGAUAAAUCCGGGCGUGAUGUGGCACUGGAAGAAGCGAUCGUUUGAUUUCUAUGAACAGUAUGGCACAGACACAGUAUCGGUGGUCCCAAUUCUAUCGGGCAAGCCUGCAUUCUACACGGCCAACCUCGAGGUCAUCCAUCAGGUCCUGGGAGGCGGCAUUAAUUCCUCAUGGGUCAAACCUAGACUGAGUGCGUUCAACGAGUGGGGUACGAAUGUCUUGACUGCUGAAGGGGAUAUAUGGCUAAGGCACCGAAGGGUCAUCCAGCCUGCUUUCAACAACAGCAUGUAUGCCCUCGUCUGGGAGCAGACCGUCCUCAUGUACGAGGCCAUGAUGCAAGGCGAAAAAUGGUGUGACCAAAAGAUUGUCGAAAUCCCAGUUCUUCAGGAAUAUACAUCCAAGCUCGCGUUCCUCAUCAUCGCCAUCUGUGGCUUCGGAAUGAAGACGUCUUGGACGGAAGAGAAGCGAGAGAAAGGCGGAGAGUUGACUAUCGCCGAGGCAUUACGUCUUGUAACGACCCGAUCUCCCUUCAGCCACUUUCCCAAAUGGGUGUCCAAAUUGCCAAUUAAGUCAUUGCGUACCCUUCAAACUGCUCAUCGAAUGUUGGAUGGCUAUAUGAAAGCACAAAUCAAUGAACGCGUAGCUAUAAUACAGAAACAGAUGAAUCUAGACGAAGAAGGCGAUAGAGAUGUCUUCAGUCUAAUGGUCCGCGCUAAUGAACGGAAUGUGCACUCCGCACACGAUCAAAAGUCUACGUUGACCGAUGAUGAAUUGAUAGCGAAUGUUUUCCUGUUGCUAUUUGCGGGGUACGAGACCACAGCGCACAGCCUUGCCGCAACGUUUGCUCUCCUGGCUGCACAUCCUGAGGCACAGGAGGAUGUUCAUCGUCAAAUCAUGGACGUAGUCGGAUGUGACCGAGAUCCAAGAGUCGGUGAUUACCAUGAGCUUGACAAGGUUCUGAAUGUAUUCUAUGAAGCAAGUCGCAUGUUCCCAGCGUCAUUCGCAUCGACUCGUGUUGCGGCCGAGGAUGUGGAGCUUAAGGUCCCUGCUGCUUUUGAUUCGGGUGAACAUGCAACCAUCGUGGCGCCAAAGGGCACAUCUAUUGUCAUUGAUGCUGUCGCACUGCAGUAUAGCCCACGAUAUUACUCCGACCCAACUCAGUUUAAUCCUUCACGGUGGGAAGGCGACAAUAAAGUCGAACUUGUCGCAGGGUUCAGCUAUGGCCCGCGCAAUUGUCUCGGACGGAGAUUUGCGACCACUGAGGCCGUAGCCUUCCUUACAAUGUGGCUGCGUGACUGGAAGGUUGAGCCUUUGCUCGAGAAGGGCGAGACGAUAGAGGAUUGGCGCCUGAAGGUCCUCGAUGCAAGAUUUUUCUUGGUCCUCGCAAUCAAGGACGUUCCUAUCCGGUUGACGCGUAGAACCCUUGUAUGA